UUUCCAUAACCUGACGAACUUGAUAGCUAGAGCCUAAGCAAAUUCAUCGUUGCAUUCUCUCUAUAAAUAGCAAAUCCAGACACAACCGUGUGAUUUGGGUCUUCUUCUUCUCCGAUUCUAAACUCAUCCAGUUUCCUUCAAGUUUUAGAUGUUUCUGUUUUCAGAAUGUUUGAAUCUCUAUCCAUCAGGAAUUUCAGUUAGAGCAAAAUUUCCCCUUCAAGGCUUCAUAUUUAUUUAUUGAGUAUUGCCCAGAAAAAGUUGGGGAAGAAAAACUAUGGAUGGUAACAAAGAUGAAGCUUUGAGAUGUGUUCGAAUUGCCGAAGAAGCAAUUGCAUCAGGAAAUAAAGACCGAGCAUUGAAAUUUAUUAGAAUUGCUCAACGUCUGAAUCACAAUUUGUCUGUUGAUGAGGUUUUAGCCGCCUGUGAGAAGCUUGAUUCUUCUGGGUCAAAUCUAUCUUCUCUUGAUAGAAAAUCUGUUGUCCAUGAUGAUAAGAAUAGGACUAGACCAGCUAAAAUUGAUGGGGGUUUAAAUGGAGAGCGGAGUUAUACCGAAGAACAUGUGGAAUUGAUUAGGCAGAUUAAGAGGAGUAAGGAUUACUAUGCAAUCCUUGGGGUGGAAAAGACAUGUUCUGUCGAGGAGAUUAGGAAGGCUUAUAGGAAAUUGUCUUUGAAAGUUCACCCAGAUAAGAACAAGGCACCAGGAUCCGAGGAAGCUUUCAAAAAGGUCUGCAAAGCGUUCAAGUGCUUGAGCGAUGAUUCUUCAAGGAGGCAGUAUGAUCAGACUGGUUUGGUUGAUGAAUUUGAGUAUAAUCAGCAGUAUAAUGUUAGGAGGACGAGGAGAAGGAGAACUGUACAUGAGUUUUAUGAUGAUGAUGUUGAUCCCGAUGAAAUAUUUCGGUCAUUUUUUGGUCAUACUGACAUGUUUAGGGCUCAUCAUGUUUAUAGGAGUAGAGGAACCGGUGAUAGACACAGAGAGGAGUUUAAUGGAGGAGGGCCUAAUCUGCUGCUGCUUCUGCAGAUACUGCCUUUCUUGUUGAUUUUUCUGCUUGCUUAUCUGCCCUUUUCAGAGCCAGAUUAUUCAUUGCAUAAGAAUUACUCCUAUCAAAUCCCCAAGACAACUGAGAAACAUGGAGUGGAGUUUUUCGUCAAAUCAGCAGCUUUUGAUGAAAAUUUUCCCGUUGGAAGUCCUGCAAGAGCCAGUAUUGAGGACAAUGUAAUUAAGGAUUAUAGAAACUUGCUUUGGCGUCAUUGUCACAUAGAACUCCAGAGACGUCACUGGAGUAAGAAUAUGCCUACUCCUCAUUGUGAUAAACUACGGAAUCUGGAAUUAGCAUAAAGGGAAUGUGCUGGAGAUGGGAAAGCUUUUACACAGAAGUUCGUUGAUGAGCCUAGUCAGGAGCUCUCGAUUUGUCUACAAACCAGAUGGUUCAAAUGGAGUUCCGUGGAUGUGAUGUGCAUUUGCUGCCUUCAUCAAAGGGGACAUUUGGCCUUGCAGCGUAUGUAAAUGCAAUUCUACUCCAGGCUUGCAGCAAGAAGGGAUUUCAACACCCUCAUCAUGCCACAAGCUUUUUUGACACCAAUAAAUAGGUAGAGUAUGUGAUUUAUGAAUGGCUUGUUUAAGGUGUGCCUUGGAGGGUGAGGAUUUGAUGAAUUUAUUUUUGCAAAAAAAAAAAUUGAAGUUUUUUCUUGGUUUGAAAGAAUCAAUUCCUUACCAUAGAUCUUCACGUAUCUAGUACGUUUUAACUUUGGUAGAAAGUUUUUGUAGUUAUAAACACCAGAGUCUUAGUUGCAAAGAUCUGUUAAUUAGUUGAGAAGCGUCGCCUUUAUGCGAAAUUCUACUGGUUUUCUGCACCCAUCUUUGAUUGAUUAUUAAUAAUAACUUGAUACACUAUGAAAUAGGCUAUUAGCUCUGUGGCCUUGAUUUUGUAUC